CUGUUUUUAUCAGCCACAUACAUCCUUCCGACAAGUUCAUCGACGGCCACUUUCCUCGCUGGCCGUUCAAAAUGACAAUCAUCCACAUCGUUCUGUUCAAAUUCAAGGCUGACGUGACUGCGGAGAAGAGAGCCGAGUUUGUCAAAACAGCCAAAAGCCUCAAAACCUUGAGCUGCGUCAAAGACGGGAGACUCAUCGUUGGCGGCCCUUCGUUAACGGACCCAAUCAGUAAAAGUAAAGGAUAUGACUGCGCGCUUGUGAGCUACCACGUAGACUUGGAAGCAGUGGCAGAGUAUCAUGCAACCGAAGAGCACGAAAAGUUGAAGACGUCCUAUGUGCUUCCGCUAACAGAAAGCCUGGUCAGAUUCGAUUUUGAGGUUGAUCAGGAAGACGAGGACUUGGUUGGGGUGGUACCGCUACUUGCGUUUGGAAAGGAUAGAAUGUCAGAAUAACUGUUUAGAACUUGGCGCAGAGGAGAUUACCCACCUGGCUGCUUCCACUUAUGUAUGGUCACGUCACUGUCCUCUGUUUCGAUUCAUCUGCCAAAUAAGCGAUCCAUAGCGUGUCAUCUGGAGAAAAAUUCAUUGCUUUCUAGUAACGCUGGCUGCCCAAGGGUAUCAUCUCACCAAUCCGAAGAAGCUUUUAGUUCUUCGAGAAAUGUAACAAACCACCAAACCAUAAGUUCAUCAUCAUAUGCGGCCCAUGAGACUGCCAAGCACCUACUAUGCGGGCGGUAGCUAGGUCCCUCGAGGCCUAUUUAGAAUCAUUGAGGGCCUGUACCGUCCAGUUUGGGUCCUUCCAUCUCAUUGCCGACUUUGGGACUGGCUUCAUUUCCUUCAGUUCCUACUCUACUGGCGUGCUUAACGGCCGGCUCUUUGGUGUUAGUGCCUUUCAAAUCUGCUCCCUCCAUCCCAACCAACCCCGUUCCAUUCUGCUCUUCGACUGGAUAUUCCUUCUCCGCAGUUUCACCCAGAGCGCCGAUGCCUAUUCCAACCGUACCAGAAAUACUGUCAUCGGCCUUCUUCGACUCCGCGAUGUGCCUUUGAAGCUCCUCAAACUCUCUUAGAAACUUUGGGCCGACGCUGAGGUCAUCAUCACCGUCUAUCUGGCGAUCCUCGAGAUCUGGACGAAGAUUCAAUGUUCUCCGAGCAGCACGGCGCCAGUACUCGCGCGACCGAGCACUGACUCGCAGAGCAUUCUGCUCAAGGGCAUCGUAGAAGGCCUGAGCCUCAUCCUCGAGACCAAGGACGCGUAGACAGCGAAUAAUUCUGGUGAUGCGAAGGUGAUUAUGAUCGAAUCGGACAUCCCAGUGGCCAGAAUGAUUGUUCCAGUUUGCACCCUUAUGAACCUAGAAGUCCAAGUAUUAUAUCAAGAUCCCAUGUCAUGGCCAUGGUAGGAAACAUACCCUGAUGCUAUCGUCUGUCUCCACUAAUACAAAACCAUAGAACCACAUCAUUUUUUUGAAAGAGUCCUUCAUUCUUUCUCUCAACUCAGGCCGGGUACGGAAGGCAUCAAACACUGGACGAUUAAUCGUUGGCGCGUUCCAUUGAACGCCAGACUCUUCAGGCAGCGGAAAGACGAUUUGGAUAUAGUCAUGAGCUGACUCCAGCUUGUUGGCAUUCCAAUUAAGGAUGCCUGAUAGAUAGCGGCCGCGAUGGUCUGGCUGGGCUUCUUCGUAGAAGGUGAUAAGGAGGCUCUGGCUCAUCGUGCAAUUGUCCCUAGAAUCGUGCAAUUGUGUUAAUCUGAUCUGAGCGGUUAGUGAAGCGCCAAAUUAAAGAGAUUGUACUGGAUUCCAUGGAUAGCCAGAGUGAACGUACUUGCGUUUGGACAUCCUCCAGCACUUCGCGUCAGUUGUCAAACAAGGCUUCGAGGUACCUGACGGCAAGAAAUGAUGCGAGCGUUUGCGAUUGGAGAGAUGUGGUGGUGUGCCCGUCGUUUGCACCUGCAGAUGGUGUGGUGACCAGCACGUGACCAUCGAUACUGUAUCCGAGCUCUCGCGCUAAAACGCACACUGGAACGGGAACGAACGGAGGUGAAUGAACACAGGACAGGACAAGACAGGAGGAUAUUGACGUCCAAAAGGAUACCCACAGAUCGUGUCGCGUCUUGCCUGAGGUAGGCAAGGUAGAUGCUUGGAGAUAUGCAGACAACAUUGCACCUACGAGUACUCGAGGUUACGCUGGUGUGACUCGUAAGUACCUACCUACUUUACCCCGCUUGACUAGCUACCAGCCUGCCGUGGGAAGAAGCUCGCCCACCUUCCUUUUUCUAGCUAGGCCCAGGCUCGAACUGGGCACUAGGUAUUGAAGUCGUCACUACUUUGUGCGGGAAAGAAAUACUCGAUAACGGGCCAGAAGCUUGAUUCGAAGACAAUGGGUAUGGGUAUGGGUAUGGGUAUGAAGGCUAUGAGCUUCUUAUUCUCCGCUUCUUCCUCUUCUUCUCUUUCGUCAUAUCUCGGAGAUGAAAGGCUUCAGGGUCGGCUUCGGUUCGAUGCAGCUGAUUAUAUUGCAAUGCCAUCGGAAAACCAAAACCACAUUCCCUCAACUGAAUUCACCUUUCAUAUCUCUCACUUGCUCUAUUGUGGCGUUGCUUUGGGUCAUAAUAAGCAUUGUGACGACCACCAAGCUUUCAAGCCUCUGUCGAUCCAUGCUUGUAUCAUCUAAAGUGCCAUUUGAAAGGCAGUCUAGUUCCAUAAGUGGAAGGUUG